CCCGCCGCCCGCUGCUCUGCGCCGCCGCCGCCCUGGCGGGCGUGCCCCGCUCCGUGGCCGGAGCGCCCCCGCCACUGCCGGCGCUGGAGUGCGGGGCCGCGCUGCCGCAGGCGGGUGGGGGCGACGCCGCGGGCGCGCGCGAGGACGCCGCCGACGGCGCCUGGGCCGCCGACGCCGCCUUCUUUGGGCCCAACGCGCUCCAGUUCGUCGCCGGCACGCGGGGGGCCUGCGCGGCGGGCGCGCUGGUGCUGCGGCCCGGGGGCGCGGCGGUGAACUUCUCUCCGGGCGCGGGGCUCUGUGUGGUCAAGGCGGGGACGCCGCCGGGCCUCCCGCGGCGGCCGUGCGGGGGCGUCUGGUCCGCGGAGGUCGCAGCCGCGGCGCCGCGGGGCGGCCGCGCGCGGCCGCGCGCCGGGGCCGCGCUGGCGGCGGGCCGCUGCGAGAGGCAUCGCAUCAACACGUCCUGCAGCGGACACUGGGCGAGGCAGUUCAGGGAAUUCGACAGCAGGGCGUACCUCAAUAGGGAGUCUAGGGAACACUUCACAAUAUGCAGAGAGCGCCUCAGCAGGGCGCCCCACCGCAGGCAGCCCAGGGACUCCAGGGACUGCCUCUGCAGGCUGUCCAGGGUGCACCACUGCGCCUUGCGUGGCCUCCGCCAAGCUCCCGCCCCCCUGCCGGCGUGGAGUUGCGCUGCAGGGUGGCCACCUGGAUAUGGGAUUGACACGGGGAAGGGCAGGGACAGGUGCGAAGGCAGGAGCAGCAUGGAGUGGAUGGACCAGGUCAAAGGCAAGGGCAAGAUAGGGCUCCCUCAUGCCCAGAACUCGCAACAGGCCCUGAAGGAGUUCACGGCGACUUGGGGAGAUUUGGGCCCGGAGCGGCGCCCAGGCACCUCGGCCCCCACGCUUUUUCUCGCGGCCCCCGCGGGCCCCGAACCCUUGGGAUAUAACGGCGCUGGAGUCAGAUAUUUCUACAGAGGCAGUGGCGACGCCUCGUCCAAGGAGGCUCGAGGAAGCACCCUCACUGGGGGCGCCAUUGCGACGCGUCGCCACAGGUGGACCAAGCAGUUGUCGAGCGAUUUUCUCACGGGGGCCGCGAUGCCCACUCAGGUUGGAGGGGCCCGGGAAAGGGCGGACGCGGCUGCGCGUCGCGUGGGAUCUUGCGCUGAGGCCAAGCAGGCGCCGGGCGCUCCCGCCGCUGUUUCGCGCAUCGACCUCGCCGGCGCCUUCGACCGCGCCGCCCCCCAGUUUGCUAUCCAGCUGCCCGCCAGCGCAGAGCGCGUGGAGUUCCCUGAUUUGCUGCGCCCGGGGGCGGGCGCAGCCGGCCGCCGCCCCGGCGCGGCCCCGAAGCUUUGCGCGGAGGGCCUGGCCCGCGACGACUCCGAGCGGCUAGUCAGACUGUGCAUCUCCGGGGAGGCGCGCGCGGGGCCGCGGCCGCUCGCGCGGCCCCGCCCGGGCGUGCACGCCUGCGUCGCGGUGCCGGCCUCGCGCCGCGAGCUGGUCCGACUCGGCGCCUGGAGAGGCUACCAGUUCGUCGGCGCGGAGGGCGGGGCGGAGUGGGCCCUGCUGCGGGGGCUCCUGUCGCGUGAGGAGGCUCGCCUCGUCCUGUCGCGGAUGCCGCCGCUCGACGCGUUCGAGGCGAAGCCCGACUCGAUUGACGGCGCCGCGACCCACGAGUUCUACGUCUACAAGGCAGCCAGGCUGCUGCACCGGCCGCUGGAUGAUGUCAUGCGCCCCGCGAUGGACAGGGCCAUGUUGUUCGUGCGCGCGCGGUACGCGUGCGACACGUGUGUGGUCUGCUUCUCGCUCGUGCGCCGCUACCUGGAGGGCGAGAGGCGUGGGCUCCACGCUCACCAGGACAUGCAGGCCUCCGUGUCGGUGGUGUUCACGCUGAAUUCCGAGGACUACGAGGGCGGCCUCUUCCUCAUGAGCAACUACAGCGCCGCCCAGAGCUACCUGCCGCUGCGAACGGGAGACGCCGUGGUCCACCAGGCCGACCUGCUGCACGGUGUCGCGGUGAGCCGCGGAAAUCGCUGGAGCUGGAGCCUCUGGAUUAAGCCAGAGGCAGAGUGCAACAUGUUCGUCACGGUUAAGGGGCACUUCACGGCCGCCGACAGCGACGGCGACGGGAGGCUCAGCAUCGCGGAGGCGGAGGAGUUUGCACGGAGGGCCAACCUCCAGCGGCCCAGCGCGGCGCCCGGGCGGGGCCGGGAGGUUGCCGCAGCUCUGUUGCGCGUUGCCGACAUGGACGGCGACGGGCUUCUUGAUGCCUACGAGGCUUUCACGGUGGUCUUCAAGUCCACGAUGCCCAGCAUGCCGCCAAGGGUGCGGUAG